AGAGAGAGAGAGAGAGAGAGAGGGACCGAGGGAGUUGUCUCAUAGUCUUAGGGUUAGGGUUUUUGGAGCUUCUGCCUUGUUUCUUUCUCUCCACAUGUCAAAUAAGAUGAUAUGAUGGUGAAGUGAUGAUCUCACCCAUCUCGUUUGCUUGAUGGGAUUAUCAUCGGUGGAACAAUUCAUCCUCUCUGGUUCUUUAGGCCAUCUGGGAGUGAAGGCAAUUGGAGAAAUUUAGAGCCAUCCUCUUGGUUCCCUUUGUUUAGUUUCAUCUUUGAGUGAUAGCUGAGGGGGAGAAGGUGUGAUGGCAAAGAAUUUUUCUGAAAAAUCGAGUGGCAAGGAAGAUGAUGAGGAGGACUGUGAUGGAAACAUGAGAAAUGGUAGAAGCUCGAGCAAUAGCACAACCGAGGAAAGCAAGAAGAAGGGGAACUCAAGUUCUGUACGGCAAUACAUCCGAUCCACAAAUCCUAGGCUCCGGUGGACACCAGAUCUCCAUCUUUGCUUUGUUCGUGCUGUCCAGAGGCUAGGUGGCCAAGAUCGUGCAGGAGCGACGCCUAAGUUAGUUCUCCAGUUGAUGAACGUUAAGGGCCUCAGCAUCGCUCAUGUCAAGAGUCAUUUACAAAUGUAUAGGAGCAAAAAAAUGGAUGAAUCUGAUCGAGAUGGUUCAAGGAACAUGACUGACGGUCGGGAGCGGCAUGCAUACAUCUUCCACCAUCUUCCUGCAUUACGAGGCUUUGAUCAAAGACCUCAAACCUAUUCAAGUCAUGGAUAUUGGAGCACCAUGGGUCUGGGGUCUCAUAGUUCAGCUGCAGAGAUGAUCUUCAAAGGUCAUCACAGAAUGAUGGGCAUUCGGGAUAUCCAUAUGGGCAGUUUAACUCCAAAUGAUCGAGCUAGUUGUGAACUGCAUGGAGAAUUUAAAGAUUUCCAUCCACUCUAUGAUCAUAAAAUUGGAAGAUCCCAAUUUAGACCGAGAGGAAUAUUAGAACCCUCCUCCCAAUCCCAAUGGCAUGAAAGAGGAAUCGAACAGGCUGGCCAAUUGAGUAGCACCUGCACCCAAGAGAUUGAUCAGCAAAGACCACCAUCAUCAUUGAGACUGGGAGGACAAUUCACAGUGAGGUGGAGAGAUGAUGAUCAUGAGCCAGAUUUGAAUCUAUCGCUUAACAUCACACCAAGGCAUGAGAAGAGGAAAAGAUAUUGGGAGGAUGAGGAAGUAGACAGUAGCUUAUCCCUCGCUCUGGCUUCUCCUUUCUCGAAACAGGAAGGGUGUUCUAGAGAUGUUGAGAAGGCUUCAAAGCUUAUCAGUUUGAAGGAGAAAGAUGGCAGUGGAGAGCAAGCAAGAAGGACAAGUACUCUAGAUCUGACUAUAUGAGUGGAAUGUAGUGAGAUCUCGUGGUACUCGUCUGAAGGGAAGGUGAGAUAGUCUAUCCUUGUUACUAUUACUUUAGUUUCCAUCUGUUUUGUACUCGCUACAAUGGUGUUAAUUAGAGCCUAAUAGGAUACUUCAGAGAUUUCCAUAUCCUUUCCAAGCUCCAACCGAAGGCAAAGCUCAUAGAGGCCUUGCGAAAAAUUGGUCGGAAGCACAUGUGGUUUGAUGUGCAGCUUCGAGUGUGCCUUUCUUCUUUGUAUAAUUAAAUGAUACUUCAUGCAUGCAUGUUGGAUGUGGAGGAUGCCAUUGACUAGAUUCCUGCUCCUUGGUCUUUGGACUUGCCAAUGACUACUUGCUGAGAUUCUUGCCACUGCUUUCGAUGGCCAAUGGCACUGUUGUAAGAAUAUUUUAUUAUGCUAGCUAAUAAAUAAUAGUCAACGUUAUUUAUUUUUCUUUUUUCUUUGACAAAGUUUAGGGACUACUUGUGACUCUUAUAUAUGC